AUGAGGCUAUUUGCCUACGCAAAACAAUUCUCAAGAGCCAUGGCGAUCAGCAAAGUGCCAAUGAUAAAUUUAAAUAGACAAAGUGGAUUAAGAUUAGUCCCUUCAUUGACACCUUUAGUGACUAGAAGUUUUCUAAUAAAAAGACCGGGAAGUGUUAUUCCAUUUGAGGUCCUGGGAAUUUCUGAAAGCCUCAAAGAACUAGAAGAAGAUGAAGAUACAGCAAUUCUCCCCAAAACCACGGGUCUGGAAUCUGGUUCAUAA